GAUAUCUGAUAAAUCAACAAAAUGACUACAUUGCGGCCUUUCACUUUCGACGAUCUUUUUAAAUUCAACAAUGUCAACUUGGACCCACUUACGGAAACAUACGGAAUGUCCUUCUACACACAGUACUUGGCCAAGUGGCCGGAGUACUUUCAGCUUGCCGAAUCGCCCAGUGGCCAAAUUAUGGGCUACAUUAUGGGCAAAGUGGAGGGACGCAUGGAAAACUGGCACGGCCAUGUGACGGCUCUAACUGUGUCGCCCGACUACAGACGGCUCGGUCUAGCUGCACUGCUGAUGAACUUCUUGGAAGACAUAUCGGAGAAGAAACGGGCCUACUUUGUGGAUCUGUUCGUGCGCAAGAGCAACGAGGUGGCCAUCAAAAUGUACACGAACCUCGGCUACAUCAUAUACCGCACCAUACUCGACUACUACGCGGGCGAUCAGGACGAGGAUGCACACGAUAUGCGCAAGGCAUUGUCCAGAGACGUUAAUAAGAAAUCGGUCAUACCGCAUACGCAACCUGUACGAAUUGGAGAUGCAGAAGUGGCAGAUUUGGAAUGAUCUGAACGGAAUCAGUUGAUUAUAGUGCCUGCAAUUAAAUUUAGUUAGAGAUAUAUUAAAUAUUAAAUCUAGAAUCACUUUUUUCAACGCCCAAAAA